GGAUUUCAAAGAAUCGUGCAGCUCCUUCUGGACGAUGGAGUCGACGUCAACGAGAAAGAUGAUGACCAAAUCACUGCGCUGUGUGAGGCGUCGAGGAGAGGACACAAAGACAUCAUCGUAUUAUUGCUGGAGCACGGUGCCGACAUAAAUCUGGCAGGCCCAGGGAAACAGACUGCGUUGUCAGCGGCAGCUGAGAAUGCUGCCGCGCGCGGACACAUACCAGUAGUCCGGCUGCUUUUGCAACGCGGUACCGAUGUCAACAUGGGGGAUUCAGAAGGCUCGACGGCGAUGCACAAGGCCGCUGCAAAUGGCAACAAAGAAACAGUACAGCUGUUACUCGAACGUGGGGUCAAAAUUGACGCACAAGACAGCGCAGGAGAUACCGCGCUGCAUGCCGCAGCAGGCGGUGGAUACGAUCUCCUGGUAAAACUGCUCCUGGACCAAGGAUUCAACGCUCACAUAACAAACAGGCGUGGAUUGACUGCCUUGGGCACAUCGGUUGAGAAAAGGAGAGAAGGGGUGGUGCAGGCCUUACUUCGAUACGAUGGCCCGGGUCGGUUUGCUUGGAAAAGUGUGCCCCCAUUCAUCUACGCAGGAUCAAGAGUGGCCUCGCUGGAAGUUCGGAGAGUAAUCACCUGCGCCGAGGCUCUGGUUGCCGCUGCUGAGAAUCGAUACGAGGAUCUGGUCACAAUUUUUCUGAAUGAGGCGAAAAUCAUCUCGUUUGCAGCGCUGCUCCUCGCUGUUAAAAGAGGCAACAAGGCAGCCGUGAAGAUCAUGUUAGCAAACGAUAUCAAGAUCUUUACAGUAACCGAUAGGACUCAGGCGUUUGCCUUGGCGAUGAGUCACGGUAGAUUUGGAUCCGGCGACGACGCUGUCAAAGGUGAUGGAGACACGGCAGAAGCAAGGCGGAAUGAGAUGAUGGCACUCCUGUUCGACAACCAGGCCUUUGCCGAGGAUCAAGACCAAGAAGCAUGGACAACUCUGCACAAGGCAGCCUCAGCUGGUUACGACGACCUCUGCCAAGUACUACUUGAAAGCGGACUUGACGCCAAUAAGAUGGACAACAAAGGCUGGACGCCAUUACACGCAGCAGCAGCCAACGGCAAGGAUGGUGUAUACAACACUCUAUUGAAACAUGGCGCCUUUAUUGAUCCUAAGGAUGCCAAAGGGGAGACACCUCUCUCAAUAGUAGCUGGUCGAGGUCGUGGUUGGGCAAUGCGGGAACUGAUCGUAGCAGGUGCCAAUCCUCACGCAAAGGAUGAGAACAAACAAACUAUACUGUAUAAAACAGCUGGCGCCGGGCUUUGGACGGAAAUCAGUUUAUUACUGAAGGCUCGCGUUUAUAUCAACGACUGGGACACCAAAAACAGGACACCUCUAUUUGAGGCGUCUGCAAGAGGGCAUCCCAAGACAGUAGGGGAACUGAUCAAGGGCGGCGCGAAGGUCAAUUGGGCGGAUAUUGUUCAGGUCACUCCCUUGCACAUGGCAGCGAGGCAUGGACACAAGGAGGUGGUAGAACGCCUUCUCGAGGGAAAAGCCAAAGUAGACCUGAAAGACUUUGGAAAUGAGACGGCACUGCACAAGGCAGCCGAGAACGGACACCUGGAAGUGGUUGACAUGCUUCUGAAGCAUGGUGCUUCUCCGAACGUAAAGAAUCGAGGCGGUAAAUGGGUGAGGAAAAAGGGUGCAAAGAAAAAAGGCGAGGCUUUUAAAGAAGCGCUAGCGUACAGUGGUCUAGAUACAGGCCCUGACGACGACGGGAGAGAGACGCCACUGCACAAGGCGGGGGGUAAGGGGUACGCAGCAGUAACGGGUCUCUUGCUCAAUGCAGGCGCCAAUGCGUAUGCCAAAAAUCAGAAAGGACAGACGGCAUUAGACAAGGCGGAUAUCAACGGGCACAGGCACGUGGGGAGAGUAUUUCUGGGAUGGGCGAUGGCCGGAAGCCGGCCGUUGCCCACCACCGUCGUGUCUGAUACCGAUUAGGUAGUGUCAAUAGGGGCUCGCAAAGGCCUUUUCCCGUGUUUCCGUGGGUGGAAACUACUCGUGACUGGGUUUUAUAAUAAAUACGCUUUGUAGGUAGUGAAAA